AUGCGUCCGGUCAAGUAUCUGAGCACCUGCGACCGCUGCAGAGUCUGGAAAAAACGUGGUAUACAAUGCAAGUUUUCACCCAUUAAAUCACGCAAGCCGUACGCGACGAAACCUCCAAGACUACAAAAGGCUGGUGUGCACGAUGAUGAUGAGAAUUUGAUGAUCCAGGCUGAUGACGCUCGAUCCUGUUCGAUCGAUGGUGUCAACUCUGUUGAGGCCACGAAUUCGGCCCAUGAAUCCAUGCCUGUCACGCAGAAUCAAGGUCCUGAGCGAGCAUCUGAGCUUUAUGUCGACUGUUUACUCUUCAGCAAAGAGCAUCCUGGGUCUCAGCAACCCGACAAAAGAAGGUACGCUGUUGGUGAAAUCAGUGUGUCGAGACCUAUCAGCAAAGAACAAGUUCCUAGUUCCAGUCUCGCAUUCUUCUCAGACGAGGCUGUUGAGCGCCUGUGUCAAAAACUUGGUCAUGGCAAAGUCAAGGACCUUGUAACUACCCUAGAGGAGCAGAUGAAAGCUCGAUGGGAAGCUGCAGUCCAACAAAAAGACGUAUCUGAGAAUCUGAAUUCCUCUCAUGAAAACGAGUCUCAGUACAUUCGAGGUGGAGCAUCGAUACUCAAGGCUCAGGCGAUGACGGCUAUGGCAGUCUUUGCUCUCAAUUAUUCAAGUCUCCAGAUUGAGACCUUAUGCAUUUCUGAGGCGGCGAGAACUAUCAUUACACUCUGUAUGCAUAAACGCAACCUAGACCUGGAGUCGAAUCAGGAAGGCCGAAGAAUUUUCUGGGUCGUCUAUUGUCUUGAAAAAGAAUACGCUUUCAAUUCAAGCCAUGCUUCGUUGAUCUCGGAUGGUGACAUCAGUUGUCCACUUCCCACAUUAUCAGAUUCUACGCUUGACGGGUUCGAUUGGUUGCGGUAUUGGGCACAGUAUUCACGUAUCCUCUCUAGAGCGUACGACUCGCUGUUUUCAAUUAGUGCCACAUUGAACUCCAACGAACAAUACUUCUCCCAUGUUGAUCACAUCAAGCAGGAUCUCCAAUCUUGGAAGGACUCGAUACCCGAAAGGCUGCGCCCCGGGUCAUCCUUGCGGCAGCAUAGAUCAAGGGACCCGCACAUACAAGAGCUAGCCUUUAGGAUUUCAUUUGCAUACUAUAACCUUCAAAUCUGCAUAGCAAGGCUGGUACUUCACAUAUGCCUUGAUCAAAGGUCACUAAGACGGUCUGAAAGCAAAAGAUGUCUUUUGACGGCAGCACGCUCGAUAAUCGAAUCAAGCCCUUAUAUCCCAAUUGAUCCAAUCACUCCUGUCUGGAUACUUGGGGUCAUGCCUAUGGUCGCAAUGUUCAUCGUUUUUGAUUUCGUCGUCCAAAACCCUUUGCACCCAGAGACCAAGACAAAUAUGUCGUACCUGGACAUUGUCGCCGCACAUUUCGCACGCCUAGAUCUGGCAUCACAGGGAACACUCCACGAUGCAAAAGUUGCAGAAUUUACCUCCAUUGCACGGCUUCACGUCGAAAGGUGUAUGACAGAGUCCUCACACACUACGAGUCGGACCAAGACUACAACAAGAGUCGAUUCUUCCAUCGGAAAUCCAGAUUACAGCGAAAUUGAAAGGCUGCGAUCCAUGUCUGCUACACUACGGAUACCCGAAGUUACAUCAUGCCCAGAAAUUCCUGAUAUGGCCUACGAGCUGGACGAUGCCGACUUCCUGAGUGCAGCCGACUACAACUUCCUCGACUUUCCCGAUGACGGGACUUCCUUGUAUAUGUCGUUACCAAAGUCAGGAUUUGACAUUGCCGAUUUCUUCAGCCACCCAUUCGUUUAA